UAUUCAUGUACCGUGCGGGAGUGUGUGUCAUAUAUCUAGUACUUCCAUUAAAAAAUCGCGAAUAUAUGGUGUUGUGUUAGUGUAUUAAAUCCUUAUCACUCAACAAAUUAUCAGCAGUCUUAUUUGGUUAUCAACCACCUGCUGUCGGUACUUCCCGCACUGCUGUGCCGAAUAGUCAUUUCGAUUACGUGGUUUCGAGACCACACAUCGAAGAUGUCGUGUUCCCCAGGUCCUUCGUUAGUGUUUUUAUUGACUUCCGUUGUGUUUUUCGCGAGUUGUGCGGAAAAUGAUAAAACGGCCGGACCCGUUUUCGUCGCUGAGCCCCCGAAUCGUGUCGAUUUUUCCAAUACAACGGGCGCGUCGGUGGAGUGUAGUGCUCGAGGUAAUCCACCCCCUGAAAUCAUCUGGGUAAGAUCUGACGGAACCGCUGUAGGAGACGUUCCGGGGCUCCGUCAAGUCCUGGUCAAUGGUAACCUGGUCUUUCCACCCUUUCGCGCUGAAGAUUAUCGUCAAGAAGUUCACGCUCAAGUCUACGCAUGUUUGGCCAAGAAUUCGAUCGGAACCAUCACAUCAAGGGAUGUCAACGUUAGAGCAGUCGUAGCCCAAUAUUACGAUGUCGACGUGAACAAGGAAUAUGCGAUCAGAGGAAAUGCUGCUAUACUGAAAUGUCAGAUACCGUCCUUUGUAGCCGAUUUUGUUUCCGUUAUCUCUUGGCAUACAGACCAGAACGAGAACUUUUACCCUGGAAACAAUUCUUACGAUGUUGUCCAGCAGUUCUAUCAAGCCGAGGUGAACAACGAGUACAUCAUCCGUGGAAACUCCGCGAUUUUAAAAUGUUCAAUUCCUUCGUUUGUUGCCGAUUUUGUAGCAGCAGUCUCUUGGGUCGAUAGCGAAGGGAAUGCGUAUGAAAUGGGGGGCGACAAUUACGACAGCAAAUACUUGGUUUUACCGUCUGGUGAACUUCAUAUCAGAGAUGUUGGACCCGAAGAUGGAUACAAAUCAUACCAGUGUCGUACGAAACAUAGGCUUACUGGUGAAACAAGACUUAGUGCCACCAAAGGUCGUUUGGUCAUCACUGAACCCGCAAGUAGAAUACCUCCGAAAACUAGUGGUCAAAAAUAUGACGGGGGUAAAAUGUAUUUCCAAUCGUUAAACAAAACCGUUGCCUUUACCUGCGAAGUUGUCGGCUACCCUGUCCCUUUGUACAGAUGGUACAAGUUCGUCGAUGGUACCACUCGUAAACAACCAGUCCAACUAGACGAUAGGGUAAAACAGGUCGCCGGUACUCUGAUCAUUCGCGAAGCUAAAGUCGAAGAUUCGGGAAAAUAUCUAUGCGUGGUAAAUAAUUCUGUGGGGGGUGAGAGUGUUGAAACAGUUUUAACGGUAACGGCCCCUUUGAAAGCUUCUGUAGAACCCCAAGUACAAACAGUCGAUUUUGGAAGACCGGCAGUCUUUACCUGUCAUUUCGAAGGCAAUCCCAUAAAGACCAUCAACUGGCUUAAAGACGGAAAACCUUUAGACCAUCAUGACGCUAUUCUACGAAUUGAAUCGGUCCGGAAAGAAGAUAAGGGAAUGUAUCAGUGCUUCAUACGAAAUGACCAAGAAAGUGCCGAGGCAACGGCAGAAUUGAAACUUGGGGGUCGAUUCGAACCACCCCUAAUUCGACACUCGUUUAGCGACGAAAUCCUCCAACCUGGUCAAACUGUUUUCUUGCAAUGUAUCGCGUCCGGCAAUCCCACCCCCGAAAUCACUUGGGAACUUGACGGAAGACGCCUUUCUAACAGCGACAGAUACCAAAUAGGGCAAUACGUUACCGUUAACGGGGAUGUUGUUUCGAACAUGAAUAUCAGCAAUAUACAUACCAAUGACGGGGGUUUGUACAAAUGUGUGGCCAGUAGCAAAGUUGGAUCUACCGAACAUCGGGCCAGAAUCAAUGUUUAUGGUCUCCCAUACGUAAGGUCUAUGGAAAAGCAAGCGAUUGUCGCAGGAGGGACUUUGAUAGUUCAUUGCCCCUAUGCCGGACAUCCUGUUGACAGCAUCACCUGGGAAAGGGAUAGCAGAGUUCUUCCAAUCAUUAGAAAACAGAAGGUCUUCCCCAAUGGUACGUUGAUUAUUGAAAAUGUCGAACGGGCUUCCGAUCAAGCUUCCUACACCUGCGUGGUGAAGAACUCUCAAGGAUAUAGUGCUAGAGGAUCUGUAGAAGUUCAAGUCAUGGUCCUACCCCAAAUUCAUCAUUUCGAUUUUGGCGGAGAACCAGCGGACCAAGGUGAAGCAGUAUCUCUUCAGUGUUCGGUUGGUAAAGGCGAUUAUCCGUUAAACAUUUCGUGGACUUUUAACAACGCUCCAGUACCUGAAGGUUUAGGCAUUAGCGUGGUACAAGUUUCGAAACGUCUAAGCACCCUCGGUAUAGAAAAUGUUGAUCAUAUUCACGCAGGCAACUACACGUGUUUAGCAUCAAAUUUGGCCGGUACAACAUCACACACGGCAACGCUAUCUGUUAACGUCGGACCACAAAUUGUUCCUUUCAAUUUUGGCGAAGAUUCUAUUAACGAAGGUGAAACAGCUUCGGUCCAAUGUACUGUUCUAAAGGGUGAUUUACCAAUGGAUAUUAUUUGGUACCUGAAUAAUAAACCCAUAGAAUACAGCAACGACAUUCACACCAGUAAAAUAGGGAAGAGGGUUAGUAGUUUGACCAUUGAUUACGUACACGCUUUACAUUCUGGAGAAUAUAAGUGUGAAGCCUCAAACGUAGUCGCAUCUGCAAGCCAUACAGCAUACCUUAAUGUAAACGUACCGCCGAGGUGGAUCCAAGAACCAAUUGAUAAAGCAUUUGCUCAAGGUUCUGACGCUAAAGUUGAUUGUAAAGCUGAUGGCUUUCCCAAACCAACAGUAACAUGGAAAAGAGCAACAGGUGAUUCGCCCGGCGAUUAUAAAGAUUUCAAACCUAACAAUCCAAACGUAAAGGUAGAAGAUGGAACGUUAAUGAUUACUAAUAUUCAAAAACAUAACGAAGGUUAUUAUUUGUGUGAGGCUGUUAAUGGCAUUGGUUCAGGUUUAUCUGCCGUCAUACAAAUUAGUGUUCAAGCCCCUCCUCAGUUCGAUAUUAAACUUAGAAAUCAAACGUCUCGCCGUGGAGAUCCAGCUGUUUUACAAUGCGAAGCGAAAGGCGAAAAGCCCAUAGGAAUUUUGUGGAACAUAAAUAAUAAACGUUUAGAACCAAAGGGAAAUUCUCGCUACACCAUUCGCGAAGAGAUUCUUCCCACUGGUGUUCUUUCUGACUUGAGUAUUAAACGAACUGAACGAAACGAUUCGGCCCUUUUCACUUGUGUAGCUACGAAUGCAUUUGGAAGUGAUGAUACAAGCAUUAACAUGAUCGUUCAAGAACCGCCAGAAACACCAUAUGGAUUGAAAGUUUUGGACAAAUCUGGUAGAUCAGUGGAAUUAUCGUGGGUCGCCCCAUAUGACGGAAACUCACCCGUUAAGAAGUACACUAUCGAAUACAAACAGAGCAAAUCGAGUUGGGAAGCGGGCACAGAACGAGUGUUGGUACCUGGAGAACAAACCGAGGCAGGAGUUUACACCUUGAAACCGGCCACCACGUAUCAUAUUCGUAUCGUAGCCGAAAACGAAAUUGGUUCUAGCGACCCGUCUGAUACUGUGACUAUUAUCACGGCCGAAGAAUCACCUGGCGCUCCACCGACAUCAAUCCGCGUCGAUGACAGUGAUCAGCAUUCUCUAAAAGUCUUCUGGAAACCACCACCCAGGUCCGAAUGGAACGGAGAAAUUCUUGGCUAUUAUGUCGGCUAUAAACCUGCUUCUUCUGACAAGCCUUUCCUCUUUGAAACCGUCGAAUUUAGUCGCGAAGAAGGAAAAGAACAUCAUUUACAGAUUACCAAUUUGAAGACCUACACUCAAUACUCUAUCGUCGUUCAAGCCUUUAACAAAGUCGGUGCUGGUCCCAUGUCGGAAGAAAUCAAAGCGUAUACCGCUGAAGGAACCCCAGAACAGCCACCCCACGAUACCAUUUGCACCACCUUAACCGCCCAAACGAUCAGAGUGUCAUGGACAUCGCCCCCUCUUAACACUGCCAAUGGUGUUAUCAAAGGCUACAAAGUUAUUUACGGUCCCUCUGACUCCUGGUUUGACGAAAAUACAAAGGAUACCAAAAUUACUGCUUCAUCCGAGACAAUCUUACACGGACUUAAGAAAUAUACCAACUAUAGCAUGCAAGUGCUUGCAUAUACAUCUGGUGGCGAUGGUGUACGAAGCAACCCAAUUCAUUGUCAGACAGAGCAAGAUGUUCCAGAAGCUCCUGUUGCUAUCAAGGCCUUGGUGAUGUCUUCUACAUCGAUUUUGGUCAGUUGGAAACCGCCGGUAGAACCCAAUGGUAUUGUGGAGCAAUAUACAGUUUAUGUUCGUGAAGCUGGUCAGGCCGAAAGUGACGAACUCAACACCGAUUCGAAACCACGAUCCCAAAAGAUUGUUCCGAACAUCAGAAAUCAAAAUCUGAGUUAUCAAGCCAAAGAUUUGGAUAGCAAACUGAAAUACGAAUUUUGGGUUACCGCAUCAACCAACAUUGGAGAAGGGCAACCUUCAAAGAGCGUCAUUGUAGCUCCUAGUACCAGAGUUCCUGCGAAAAUUGCUUCAUUCGAUGACUCGUUCACCACCACCUACAAGGAAGACGUGACCCUUCCCUGUCUAGCUGUCGGAGUACCACAACCUGAGAUAGUUUGGAAAAUAAAGGGGGUCGUAUUUACCACCAACGAUCGUAUACGACAACAACCCGAUGGAUCACUUUUUAUUCGUGAUGUAACUCGAACCGAUGCCGGCGAAUAUUCUUGCAACGUUGAAAAUUCUUUUGGUCAAGACAGCGUCACCCACCAACUAAUCGUCUAUUCACCUCCGCAUUCACCUUUGGUAACUUUGACGUCCACGACCACAAAUUCUUUGACAAUCAAACUGAAACCUCAUCCUGACGACAGCGAACCCAUUCAUGGAUAUACCAUUCACUAUAAGCCUGAAUUCGGGGACUGGGAAACGACGCAGGUGGCCAGCCACACUACCAAAUUCAAUUUAGAAAAUUUACUUUGUGGUACCAGAUAUCAGCUCUACGUCACGGCAUACAAUAGUAUUGGAACUGGAGAUCCAUCUGACAUUUUAAAUACUCGUACUCGUGGAGAUAAACCCAUAAUCCCAACAGCAGACAAAUUUAUCGAGGUUUCCUCUAACAGUAUCACCCUACACUUAAGUGCUUGGUCUGAUGGGGGUUGUCCUAUGCUAUACUUCGUAAUUGAACACAAGAAGAAGACUAGUUCAGAAUGGAUCCAGGUAUCAAAUAAUGUAAAGCCAGGUGGUAAUUUUGUGGUAUUGGAUCUUGAUCCUGCCAUUUGGUAUCACCUUCGUGUCACCGCUCAUAAUAAUGCUGGCUUCAACGUUGCCGAAUACGAAUUUGCUACUUUAACUGUUACUGGAGGAACCAUCCCACCGGUUAGAGAGGCUCCGGAUGUCAAGAUGCUUUUCCCUUGGCUACCAGAUUGGAUUGAUUUAAAUCUUCUCGUACCCUUAGUGGCUACAGUCACUGUUAUCAUCGUAGGAAUUGUCGUUAUCUGUGUGGCCAUGACGAGGAGGUCACAAAGCAUGCCCCAGACCCGUUUAAGAAGCGACUAUGAUGUUGUUUAUAAUCAAUCAGUUAACGCAACAUCGACGCUGGAUAAACGCCGCCCCGAUUUACGGGACGAACUAGGCUACAUCGCACCCCCCAACCGGAAAUUACCCCCCGUUCCUGGAUCCAACUACAACACAUGCGAUCGAAUCAAGCGAGGUACCGUUUUAAGGCCACAUUAUCGUUCACACUCCACUUGGGACCCACGACGACACCUUUACGAAGAACUUAACAAUCAAAGGAGAGGCUCUAACGAAACUAUACACACCCACAGAGGCAUGGACGACGAAAUCUGCCCCUACGCCACCUUCCAUCUACUUGGUUUUCGCGAAGAGAUGGACCCAAGCAAAGUUCAACAAUUCCAAACUUUCCCUCAUCCCCAUGCUGGUACAAUGGGCCCAUCAGGAAUGAACACUCCCCACUCCAUGCAUUCUCGUUCAGGAUCUCAGUCCAUGCCUCGUUCUAACAAAAGAUACGAAAGAGGUGGUUCUCAAGGAAACGGAAGCAUAUAUUCCCCAGGACCUGAAUAUGACGACCCAGCUAACUGCGCCCCAGAAGACGAGCAAUAUGGAUCCCAAUACGGAGGCUACAACGCACCUUACGAUCAAUAUGGAAGUCGUGGUUCAAUAGGUAGACGAUCCAUGGGUUCCAUGAGACUUCAGCCAAACAACGGAAGCCCCGAACCUCCCCCACCACCACCUCGUAAUCACGACCCUUCAUUUAAUGACUCCAAGGACAGCAAUGAAAUAUCCGAAGCUGAAUGCGAUAGGGAUCAACUGAUAAAUAGUCGCAGUUAUGGGGAAAAAGAAGAGGUAAUGAGAGGUAGUGCUAAGGAUGGCAUGACCCACGAAGAAAUGCGCAAACUGAUUGAGAGGAAAUCAAACGAAGCAGGCCACCAAACAGCAAACGGGGGAUUCACAACCUACGAUACUGUGGCAGUGUAAUCUGUAAAUUCAUUCUAUUGAUUUUUUUCUUAUUCAAUUUUACUGCCAUGUUUCGAUGUCUUUUAACACUGUCCAUAAACGACACUCGUCAUUUGACAAUUUUUUUCUACACAUUUUUUAUUCCUUAUUUUUGCUUUUUUUUAUUAAAAGAAAAAAGUGUGUUGUUUAUGAGACAGUAUUUACUAUUCAAUUUGAACAACGUUAAUUAUUAUUAUAAUUACUGUGCGAUUUUUAGUUUUUGAUAUUUUUGAAAAAAACUUCGACUUCUCGAGCCGCUGCUCCAUUUUUAGGAUAUUAUAUUUAAUCGAGAUAAGGGAUAUAAGUUAGUUUAUAUAAUUAUGUACAGUGGCUCCGUAUGUGAUGUGAUAUUUUGAGGUUUGUGACCGCUUUUUAUUAAUUUUGUGGUUUGUCUUCUGUAGCAAAAAAAGAAAGAAAGGUAAACAGACGUGAAAAUUGUUGCUCAAAACUGGACUAACAAUGGUCAAUCAAAACGUAGUAAGGAAUAAGAAAAUUGCCAAGUAAUUUAAUUAAAAAAAAAGUAAAAAUACGAGGUAUUGUAUUUUUUAUCAGUUUUUGUUGUGUAGGGAUUUUUAGGUAGUUUACUGCUCUAGAAGCUUUUUGGCUUGCUACAGAUGACACAAAAGCGCGUGUUAUAUAAUAGUUAGCAAACUUUUUUUUCGUAAAUACAUUUUUAGUACAUAUAUGGUGGCCAGAAAUUAAUUUAAUUCUCAGACUAUUACAUAUUAAUAAAUUGGCUGACCAACUUAUUAAUAACUUAUGAUGAAAAAGAUCAAGAAAAUCAUUUAAUGUAUCAUUUUUUUCUAAUAUUAAUUGUUUACCAUCCUGACUCGUAUUAUUUUCAUGACGACGAACAGUCAAAAAAUCUUUACUUCUAUUACAAUUCUUUGGCUAUUCCAGAAAAUGUUCAUUCUCUAAUAUUUUCCACUUAGAUUUCCUUUCCCUGAAAAUGGCCACCAUGUAGUAGUUCGCGCAAGAUAUUAGGAUCGAUGGUUGAUAAUUAUUUAAUAGGUUUAGGUGUGGUCGGCGAAAAUGUUUUUCUUUUUUUGUAAUUAAUCAAUUAAUUGAUGAAUUAAUUAAAAUAUGACUGAGGUUGUGCUAUCGCCGCCACAGCUUAUUUAUUUGACUCUCUAAUGACGAAGAGAUGUAAUCGAAGGUUUACCACAUUUGUUGCAGCUUCACGAUUCAUUAAUCGUCUAUUAUAUUAUUGUAAUUAUAUAAAGAUACAUAUAAAGAAGUAUCGGUGUUUUAUCGCUUAGGGUUACAGUACUACUAUGCUAUAAUAUACAUAUUAUUAAUGAUAAUAAUGAUAAUACGAUAAUUACAAGUAGCAAUUUAAAAUCCAAGUUUUAAUGUAAAAAAUAAUCUUUUAAUCAUAUUCAUCCUUUCAUUUCUCGUUAAUUAAUAUUGAAAAUGGGAAAAUUAUAGUUUAAACAUUAGGCUUGAGAAGUUUUUCGACACAUUUACCGCACGGGGCUUCCCCGAAAGAAUAACCUGCACACUUUAUCCUUUGUUCAGUGUAAUGAACAUUUUAGUUAGCACAAAUAGCCUUAACUUACGAGAAUAAGUUCCUAAGUAGUCAUCGGGGUAAGUCCCGAAGCGAAAACGUAUACAUUAAAAUAAAAAAAGAAUUGAAAUACAACACAUGUAUUGACUAGUCAAUCCUUUUCUAUUACUUUUUUCGAAAUUUCUGUACUUUUUUCGCACCCUCAUACUACUUAUUAUGCCACAUGUAUAUGUAUUGUAGGUGUGCUGUCUUUUAACUCUCACAUAAUCAGUAAAUUAAGAGAUUGUAAUGAUUUAUUAUGUCAUUAUUUGUGAUGUGACAUAAUUUAAACGAUUUCUUACUAAUUAUUAAAUGUGCAGCUUAUAUGUGUAAUUCUGUUAAUUAAAUGUUAAGUAAAUAUGGUAUAAUUUUGGUUAAUUUUUAAAUUUCAACUAAUGCUCAGUUUCUUAGAUGUUUUUAAUUGACUUCAUUGUACCAAAGUUAUUUUUUUGUGUUAAUAAAAUAGUUAAGAUCGUAAA